CCGCACCGCGGCUUCUUCCUUCGCCUCCACCACGCCGACGUUCCGGGUGCAGCAAGCAAGCGCACCUCUUCACUCCGCCGCCGCAUGGUCUACGCCGCACCGCCGCCACCGGCGGGCGAGGCGGGCUCCGCAGCCGCCUCGGCUGUGCAGCCGUACGUCGAUGCGCUGGGCGCGUAUGCCACGUCGCCCACGCCCGCCUACGGCCUCGCCGCUCUCUUCGCAGCCGUGGCGCCCUUCUCCUUCGUGUCGGGCCGUGCGCCGCUCGCAGCGGCAGGCGUGCCCUCCGCCUCGGCCGUCGCCUCGUCGGCCGCACUCAGUGCCGCCGCGCCGCGCGUCCUGCCGCCCUUCUGGCAGCUCGCCGGCUUUGCGGCCUUCUUUGCCGGCGGCGGAUACAUGAUCGAGCAGGGCGACGCGCUCAACGGCGCAGGCACCGUCACGGCCUGGUCGCUGACGUAUCUCUUCUUCCACGCCUCGUCGACGCUGCGCGCGCCCACGCCCGCCAAUCUCGCGCUGCUAGCUUCUGCCGCCACCGUCGGCGCAGGCGUGCACGGCGCCCACUACUUCAGCCAGUCCAACUGGCUCUCCGGCUCGUCUGCCUCGACGGCGCACACGGGGCAGCAGACGCUGCAGGCGUGCUGUGCGCUCGGCCUCGUCGGCGUGGGCGCCGCGUCGGGCCGGCGGGGCGGCGGUGGCGCCAAGGGCAUCCUUUCGCGUCUCUCUCGCCCGUUCGGCAGCUCUGCCUCUCGCAGCUUCGCCACGUCGGCAGCGGCGGGCGCCGCGAGCAAAGCACAGCGCUUCGUCACGCCGCUCGACGCCUCGCACCUGCCGCGCGGCUUUGCCGUGGCAGGCACGUACGCCGGCGUCAAGGCGGCCAUCUCGCCCGUGCCCACGCCGCCGGGCGGCAGCAAGAAGGGUGCGGCGCCCAAGCCUGACCUGGCGCUCAUUGUCUCGGCCACGCCUGCGGCUGCGGCUGGCUGCUUCACGCGCAACGCAUUCAAGGCCGCGCCCGUCGUGCUCUCCAGCGACGUGCUGCUGCGCGGCGCCGCGUCGUCCGCAGGAGCGCGCGCAAGCAGCAUCCUCGUCAACAGCGGCUGUGCCAAUGCUGUGACGGGCGAGAAGGGCAUGUCGGAUGCGCGCCGCUGUGUCGAGCUGGUCGGCGAGCUGCUGCCCAAGCAGGCCUCAGGCGGCGCUUCGGACACGCUGCUCCUCUCGACGGGCGUGAUUGGCGUGCCGCUGCCCAUGCCCGUCAUCGAGCGCUGCCUGCCGCACCUGGCCAGCGGCAAUGUGCUGCGCAACGAUGAGGAGGCGUGGAUGGAGACGGCGCGCGCCUUCAUGACCACCGACACGUUCCCCAAGCUGCGCGCGCGCAGCUUUGAACUGGCGGGCCGCAAGGUGGGCAUGGUGGGCAUCGACAAGGGCGCAGGCAUGAUCCACCCGUCCAUGGCCGGCCCCGUGGCCAGUGCGCCACGGACGCUGCAUGCCACGCUGCUCGGCCUCGUGUGCACCGACGCGCCCAUUGCGCCGGCGUCGCUGCAGGCGGCGCUGGAGCAUGCCAUGUCGCGCUCCUUCAACUGCAUCAGCGUCGACGGCGACAUGUCGACCAACGACACCAUCCUGGCGCUGGCCAACGGCGCCGCGCCGGCGCUCGAGGGACAGCAGGCACUGCCGCAGGGAGAGGAGAUCAGCAAGGAGAGCCACCCGGAGGAGUACGCCGUGUUUGUGGCGCAGCUCACGAGCUUCUGUGAGGAGCUGGCGCACCUCAUUGUGCGCGACGGCGAGGGCGCCGAGAAGUUCGUCGAGAUCAAGGUCAAGAAUGCACCGACGUACGAGCACGCGCACGCCAUUGCCUCGUCCAUCUCCACCUCUGCGCUCGUCAAGUGCGCGCUGCACGGCGGCGAUGCCAACUGGGGGCGCAUUCUCUGUGCCGUCGGCUAUGCGCCGCUGCCCGUAGGCAGUGCGUGGCAGAUUGAGCCGUCGCGCGUCACCGUCUCCUUCUCGCCGCCUGCGGGCGUCGAGGGCGAGACGCUGGUGGUGCUGAAGAACGGCGCGCCGCAGCCGGUGGACGAGGAGCAGGCGGCCAAGCUGCUCGCGCACGAGGACAUUGCCAUUGAGGUCGACCUGCAGGGCGGCAGUGCGGGGCAGCAGGGCUGCACGCACGAGGCAAAGUACUGGACGUGCGACUUUAGCAAGGAGUACAUCUCGAUCAACGGCGACUACCGCUCGUGA